AAAGAAUAUGGAUUCCUACAGUCACAAAAGCUUCAAAUCAAGACUGGGGAACCUGUUUUAACCACGGUUCCUGAAACCUGGAUUGGAACCAAAGGUUUCAAUGGAGUGAGCUCGUUGCUUUGGUUAUAGCUUUCUAAACCACCCAGCUGCCUCUUGACAGAAAUGUAAUUCUGAAUUAUUUGUCUUGUGGGAUCAUUAAUGUGGCUGAGCCGUCAAACUCUGUCCACUUGAGAAGCCGCUGUACUUAAUUUGGCUCAGUGUUGUCUUAAACGGGCCCCUCAGCAUCAGGAGGUCGAGCUAGGCUUAACAACACAACAUGAAACAUAAUUACAGCUGGUUUUUAAUGUAUGCUCUAUCAAGACACUCUAUAACAUAGGGAGAAUGCAAAACAAUUUAAUGGGAUGGAAGUUAAAUGAUUGAGCGUUUAACACAGAUCACAGUAUAAUUAAGUGGAUAGACGCUUGUUGGCAAGGACACACACGGUAUGAACAGCUGGUAUGUAAGUAUGGGGAAACAUAAUCUCAAUGCAAGAUUAACCACAGGCAAUGGCGUACAGAUGUAUAGUGAGUUAUACAUUUGAACGAAAAGUCAAAUAGUCCAUUUGCUAGGACAGAUGUAGUUACCACCUAAGGUAGAAAAACAUUAAAAGUAACAAUGUAUUUGUACUGCUAAUGAGAGUAAUUACUCGAUAACCAACUCAUUAUCUACACACAGAAAUUGGAACCGCGAAAGUUAUGUCACCUUUGGUGGCACCGACGAGUGAAAUAUCUGCUCUGGGCGUUACAACGAAAAGAGCAUUGGAACACUGUUCAUCUGCAUUACCAGGCCUGAGCCAGUGAUGGAAAUUCUACGUUCCCAUGGUAGGCGCAAGUUGUUUCAUCGGAUAAUUAAUUACUUGUGGCUUCCUAAGAAAAUUGUACUUUUUAAUAGAUUGGGAAGGUGGGUUGAGUUGAUCCCAGGCUAGGAUUUGAACUCACAAUCUUCUAAUUGUGAGUUGAGUAUCCUUUAAGUGUCCAACCGUAUGUAUGUUCAACUUAUUUUGCACCGUACGUUGCCAACCAUGCUAAUCAGAGGUGCGGGGGAAAGACAACAAGCUAAAUACAAAAAGCUGUUCUAGAGAAAUUCGUUUUCCAUCUCGAUUUAAAAGUGUAUAGCCCCAGUUGGGCAGUCUAGGCGUCGGUGGAAACAUUGAGAGCAGUGAAGAGGAAGGCUCGUUCAUCCACUGACUGAAGGCAUUGCACAACUGAGGUGGUGAGAGGUUUUGAAAACGAGAUAGAACCAUUGUCUCCUGCUCCGUGGGAAGCAUGAAUUGAGGCCCAUCUUUGUGCUCUGAUUAUGUCAAAUGGCGUUUCGUAUCGAUUUAUUGAGAGAUAAAGUAAUAAAUGAGUCGGUAUAAUUUUCAACAAAUUACCAUCAUUGGCCUGGCGCUACCAUGUGGAAAGAGUAAGACCUGGAGGCUGUAUACACAAACGGUGAAUUGAUGGCAUAUUGUAGAAACUUGCAAGAGCAACAUGUAUUUUUAUUAUAGUGAUGACAUUUUUAUUCAGGAUCCUGCCAAGUUGUUGCAGUUGGAGUAGAUGUUGUUAUGUGAGAUCCCAAUUUAGUACUUUGCAUGUCAUUUUUUUGGCAUUGGUAUGUUUGGCCAAUACCAGAUACAUUGUAUAUGUUUUUAGCUAUGGGAGAAAACUGGAGAACCCAGAGGCAACCCAUGCGGAGCAGGUGGAGAACAUACAAACUCCAUACCAAAAGGUGCCCGAGUCAGAAAUCGAACCCGGGCACUUGUGUUGCCGUGAGGCACGAGGGUGACCACGGCGCCACCCUGCUGCCCGUCUGCAGGAAGGGAUCGCCGUGAGCAGAGAAAGAAAUGAUGAGUGGUACAAGUUGGGUCUGCCCCCUUGUCGGCAGCAAUGUGCUGACUGAUGGAAGAGCAUAAAGAGAUGGUGCUUAUUCCUGAACAAGCAGCGCAGCAAUGUGGAGAGCAUUAGUUAAAAUCCUGGUCGUGGAUCGACUUAACCCUUCAUCCCUAGGAGGUGUAUAUUGGUUGAAUAUUACUUUGUUGGUAGACAACAGUGAUUGUCUUAUGGAUGUCCUCCCCCCACUAGGGGAAUUUGUACCAAUGGCGUAAACAGGUGUACCGACCUAUCAUAUUAAUGGGAAGCGAUUUAACGUUUUUUUUUUAUCAACACACACGUGCUCACACCGCAUCGCAUCGUUUUAUCGCAGGAUUAAAUGAGUACCCCACUCACUCCAUGAAAUUAUAACAAUGACUCUACAGUCAGAUACUUCUUCAUGGUCACGUUUACUCGAGAAUACCUUUGUAAAAAAUCGACAGUCAGUUAUUUUCCGUACGUGCGGCAUAGACAUCGCCAGCACGAGACACACGACCUAAACAGGAUGAUUGAUCGAGUGCCAGAGAAUUUACAUAAAAUCUAUCAGACAGACCUGAUCUUAGCACUUCACUGGCAGCUAAGCUGUUUCAUGCAGAAUCAGGCUAUGUACACACGGGCUUAAACUUGUCUCCUGCAUUAUGCACUGCGCCAUCUGACAGCCGGUACAGUGGUCGUGGCGUGUGCCUCACAAUCGGAAGGUUAUCAGUUCAAAUCCCGUUCGAAGAUGGGCUCUUGCACCUCCAUCUCCCUGAGGGAAAAGUAAAUAUUGGACUCAUCCCUGCUAUCGGGAUGAUGGAAACAUAUUUCUGCCAACAACUGUUACCCCACUGCCCAUUUGAGCAUGAAGGCGAUUGUGAAAAAUUCGUCUGGAAGCCAAUUGCCAUUGCAUAUAAUCACAAUUACAGUAUUUGCAAAUUGUGUCUGUUUUAGAAUACCGUACUGCAUAUAAACUUUAUUUAAAUGCGGUCGGUUUGAUGAUGAAUGCGUCUUGUUGUUUUGUCCGACUUUUCAUUGAGAUUAAUUCAACUGUAUUGAAUAGAAAACAAUGAAUGCAUGGGAAUGUAUCGACUGUUUCUAGACAUCUGUUUGCUUACACGACUAAACCUUUACUCUGGUGAUUCACAAUUGGGGAACACUUCUUUGGUAGAGUUGGAAUAAUUAUUGCUCACACUACACAAUAAUAAAAGGUAUUAAACGGUUUUAUAACCGAUUUAAACAACAGUGCUGAAAACAAGAGCAGAGAAUCUUGCGAAUAAAAUCAGUUAUGAAUAUAAUUACAAACUAUCUGUAGAAAGAUCAAAAGAUUGCUGCCACGUGUGGUGGGGUAAAUUCUGGGUACUCCCACUUUUCCCAAGACGUCUGGCUAAUGUGGAAGAAUCGGCCGAUUACCCAUUCGGGGGCUCUAUAGAGCUCCCAUAGUUGUGGCCCUUUCGCCAGCAGCAGCAGCACGGGGAAGGAAUUGCAGCCCUGCGCCUUUACAAUUCACCCUCGUGAGUAGGGCAGCUGUGGAUCUUCUUCACGGAGGGGCUGCGGUGUCCAGGAUACCAGUCACACCUGAUGCCAUUGAAGUACAAAUACAAAAUGUUUUGCUUAAAUAAGCUUACAAUAUAAUGGAAUAAAAUCCAAUUUAUAUUCAUGUCGAGUAACUUCAAAACAUAGUACAAAGCAUUCUCACUCUUAAUGAAUUGCCUUAUUAGUGUGUGCUUAAAUUAAGGAUGCAACAAUGCUGCAUGUUGAUUUAAGUGCACAUUGGCUGUGUAAUUUAUGAUAACUGUUUAUUAAUGUAAGUCAGUGCACUGCUGGAUACUGGGUAAAUGCAUCAUCACGCCAUGUAAAUUAUGGGGGUUGUUUAGCCAUACUUCACUAUUCUGGUCAUUGCGGGCUUGUGAAGAGGGGAGGGAUAAAGACCAGUUCGACUAUAAUUCACCACUGAUGUUAGCCGGGAAUAAAAUUCUGUGUAUGGCGACCUGUGCUAGCCACGGCACCACAACUCCUACCCUUGUAUUCUUGCACGGAAUAUCAAUAAGAGUAAUUCAAUGUAUACAUACAACAGUAUUAUCUGGAAGUAAACACGAUUUAAGUUAAGUGAUGUUGUCAUACAAUAUUGUUGUGCUCUGCCGUCCUUCUUAAGCCUGGGUCAAUACUUCAUAGAACUAAUUGAUUUAUCCUGCAAAUAGGCAUCUUCAAUUAGGUGACUCUGAAGAGACAGUAUGAGAUUGAAUUUUCAAUUAGAUAAUUCUGAUUCAAUAAAUGAGUCACGCAACAAUUUCGUUGUCUUAUACUGACCCAACGUUACCUUCAUAUUUUAAUUAUUAUUGUGGUUGUUUAUCCAGGAAAGCCUCACUGAAUCUCUGCGCUUUUUCAGUCGGGUCCUGCCAAAUGUUCUCAGUAUGGGCAAUGUUGCCGUUGAAUCAUUUGCAGUACAUUUUUCAGCAGUGGGCUUUCUUUUCGGUUAAUGAAAUCACAUUUAUGCGUGAACGAAAUUCCACUGCGGCACGCACCAUGAGAUCAUCAAACAAGAAGGCUGCGUCGUCCAUCCGCAACAGCAUCACGGUGUCCCUGCAGUGCUGCAGUAACACCUCCACAUCGCCUCUCCACUCACUCCAACAUGCAAGCAGGUAUUCUGGCACGUUCCCUGAAGAGGUGGAUGCUGAACAGCACGGAGAUCGAGUACUCCGAGAGAUUCAGUCUGCAGGGUGGUAACCUGGUGAUCAGCGAUGCAGAGCGCUCACUCCACUCGGGGCAGUACCAGUGCGAGGCGAGCAACGUGGCCGGCUCCGUGCUCAGCAACAAGGCCACACUCCACUUCAUCUAUCUCAACGCGUUCCCUGUGGAAAGGAGAGAGCAGUCAAGGGUGUGGGAGAACAAGGGGGCCUACCUGCUCUGUGCUCCACCUCCACAUUCGCCAGGGGUGAAGUUCGAGUGGCUCUUUGACGAGGACACCAACAGUUCCGCGCCGCCAGCGCCCGUCCGCCUGGACUCGCGACGCUUCGUGUCCCAGACGACGGGGAACCUGUACUUCUCCCACGUCAAGCACUACGACGUGGGCCGCUACAGCUGCCUCCUGCACCGCCAGAUUGGCCCCGUGCUCAACAAGACGGUCAACAGCUCCUUCAUCAGCUUGCAGCUCAAGAAGAACUCGGUGGGGAACAGACUGGCUGUGCGUCUCGAGGUGCGGCCACCGCCUACAAUGGACGUCUUGGUGGGACAAAAGCUGCGCUUAGAGUGCUUUGGGAUGGGCAACCCCGUGCCCAACAUCACGUGGCACCGGCCGGGGGCCCUGUUGCUCCAGGCCGGGCCGGUGCUGGAGAUCGAGGAGGUGCAGACCUCCGAUAACGGCACGUACCGGUGCAACGCCAACAACAAGCUGGGGAACACGAGCGCCUCGACCGAGGUCCUUGUGCACGCUCGCCCGCAGUGGACUCUCGGAAUCGUGAACGCAAACAUUCACAUUGGCAACGACUUGUACUGGAGCUGCAACGCCACAGGGACGCCCACACCCUUGUACCAGUGGCUGCGGAAUGGAAUCCUCCUGGAGUCAAAGGGCAGGAUAUUGGUGAGCCGUGAUGAUGGCCGCCUGAAAAUCACCAGCGUGCACAUGGGCGACGAGGGCAUGUACCAGUGCGUGGCCAGCAACGAGCAUGGCGAGAUCUACUCCAGCGCCCAGCUGCGUGUGCUCGCAUUCGCCCCGGAGUUUAACCACAGCCAUCCCACGGUGGUGCAGGCGGUGCGCGGCGGUUCGGUGAACAUCGCCUGCGCCCUCCACGCCGCCCCGAGGCCCAGCAUCUCGUGGGGCCGCGGCACCGAGUCGCUGCCCAACAGCAGCAAAAUGACGAUCCUCGAAAACGGGAGCCUUGCGAUUCGAGAUCUGGAGCGGUCAGACCACGGAAGCUACACCUGCUUCGCCAUGAACUCGCUGGGCAAGGCCAACGCUACCGUGACGCUGCAGGUCAAGGACCGAACGAGCAUCACGCUGGCACCGAGCGGGGCGUCCGUGACGGUGGGCGGCCAAGUCACCCUGCAGUGCCGGGCCAUCCCCGACCCCUCGCUGGAUGUGGCCUUCGAGUGGAAGCUGCACGAUCGGUCCAUCGACACGGACGACAAGAACCCACACUACUCGCGCGUGCGUGGGAAGGAGACGGUGGGAGACCUGGUGAUCAGGGACGUGCAGCUCCUGCACGAAGGGACAUACACCUGCCUGGCCCAGACCGUGGUGGACACCGCUUCCGCCAAAGCCGACGUGGUGGUGCGGGGCCCGCCGGGGCCCCCGGGAGGUGUGAAGGCCGUGUCGGUGAACGCCACUGCGGUGCGGGUGACGUGGAGCCACGGGGCCGACCACCACAGCCCCAUCACCAGCUACACGCUGGAGUGCCGCUCGCCACUCUACAACAACAGGGCCUGCGUGCCCACCCGCACCGAGCCCCGCAACAUCGAGGGGGACAGGGAGAGCGCCCUGGUGGGGGACCUCAAGCCGUGGGUGGAGUACGAGUUCAAGGUGGUGGCGCACAACGCCUGCGGCCGCGGAAACCCCAGCCAGCCGUCGCAGCGCAUACGCACGCCGGGCGCAGUUCCCACCAUCGUGCCCUCGAAGAUCGGAGGAGGCGGGGGCGUCCACCGGGAGCUCACCAUCACGUGGAAGUCGGUGGAGCAGGAGUACCGCUUUGGCGAUCGGUUCACCUACAACAUCAGGUUCCGGCCGCUCAACAGCGCGGACAAGGUGUGGACCACGGUGGUGAUCGGCGACGCCGACGCGUCGCGCUUCGUCUACAAGAACGCGAGCCUGGAGCCGUACGUGCCCUUCGAGGUCCAGAUGCAGGCGAGCAACGUCCACGGAGGGGGCCCCUACAGCCAGGUGGUCGUGGUGCACUCCGCCGAGGACGAGCCGGACGUGGCUCCGCGCAGGGCAAGGGCCUUCCCCAUCGCUCGCACGGCGUGCGCCGUCAAUUACACGGAAUUCAAAGUCACCUGGGAGCCCAUUCUGCCCAACGCCACCAGCCGGCGAAUCGUGGGAUACGAGAUACGCUACUGGAAAUCCACGGAUAACCAAGCGGCAGCAGAGAGAGUUCAGACCGAGUUCACCAACAGUGUCAUCAUCAGAGGCCUGGUGCAGAAGACGCUGUAUCACGUGGAGGUGCGCGGUUACAACACGGGCGGUGUGGGGCCCCCGAGCCCCGUCGCGAGCGUUCACACGAAUAAGAACGCUUCAAGCCAGAUCCCUGAGGUCAGAUACACGUUGAAGGAUGACAUCGUGACCAUUGUCUGGAACCCGAUCCACCCUCUAGACGAGUCAGCGGUCAUCAAGUACCAGGUGCGGUACCACCUCAAGGAUCGCCCCAAGGGCAAGGUGUACAAGGUGAACACCACCGAGACGAUGCUGAAAGUGCGGCUGUUCGCGAAGGACGACUACCUGGUGUCGGUGCAGGCUCUCAGCGCCUCCGGGGAGGGACCCUGCACCGAGCUUCACAUCCACCAACCAGACAACAACCUUGCGGACGAGGAGGCAGUGGCUACGGGUCAGAUGGAAGGGAGUGGGAUCGGGGGAGGGGCGAGCGAUGGACGCGCCGUCUGGACUACGCUGUGGCUGUGCGGCCUGAUGCAGGUGCUGUGCACCUGGAGCGGAGGAGGCCUCUAAGCAGCUCCACCCAGGAGGCCGCGGCACACAAAAGGAGCCACAUCCACCAGCACCCCCCUAUCACAACGUCCACCGCGCUCAAUGGACUCUUAACCCACAUUAAAAGCACUCAUUGCCAUAGGCGGUUCUAAAUGAAGUAUACAGUGUGUACGAUUCAUUGAUAAUUGUGUAAUGUUUUGAGUUUGCUGAUAUUUUGUAUAUUAGUCCCAUUUCAAAUGUUUAAUUUGCCAGUGCCGCCGAAGAUGGCAAACCUUAGUUGUGCUUUUUGAAAAGGUCUGUGCCACAGGCGAUGAUAUUUGGAUGUGAAAUCUACCGGGAGGGCAUCGCGUGUGGUGAACCCACUUUGGCCAGUGGAGUCAAUCCGACUGGAGCGGUUCGAACUUGCGCGUCGACUCGCGGACAUUAAAGGCCACUGGGGGUUUACAAGCGCUUGCAUCGGCGUGACAUCGGAGUGAGCGCACCAAGUCAGCUGGCUGGGUCGGCGUAGGGUUUCGGUGCUCGCCGCCCGCAGGGUGACGAUGGGGACGCAGUGCACGCUGGGUGACGAUGGGGACGCAGUGCACGCUGGGUGACGAUGAGGACGCAGUGCACGCUGGGUGACGAUGAGGACGCAGUGCACGCUGGGUGACGAUGGGGACGCAGUGCACGCUGGGUGACGAUGAGGACGCAGUGCACGCUGGGUGACGAUGACGCAGUGCACGCUGGGUGACGAUGAGGACGCAGUGCACGCUGGGUGACGAUGGGGACGCAGUGCACGCUCGGUGACGAUGGGGAC